AUGGGAAUUUUAAUGUUAAUGAAGUAUAUGAUGUUUCUCUUCAAUGGUCUUAUAUUUCUGGGUGGCAUUUGCCUUUUAGGCAUUGGUAUAUGGAUUGUUGCAGAUCCAGAUGGAUUUCAAAGUAUCUUUACAUCUAAUCCAUUGCUAUAUGCUGGGGGUUACAUCUUGCUCUUUGUGGGGCUGGCGCUGUCGUUAGUAGGAUUCCUGGGAUGUUUUGGAGCAAUUCGGGAAAACAGAUCAUUGUUAUUAUUGUUCUUCAUGCUGAUUUUGCUAUUCUUCACCGUGGAACUUGUUGGUGUUAUUCUUGCACUAACAUAUCAAAAACUGAUCAAGGAAGAACAUUUUCUUGUUGAGUUGCAGAAAUUUUACAAAGGCGACAACUCCACCGAAGUCUUCAGUCAAUCCUGGAACACCAUCAUGAUAGCACUAUCUUGUUGUGGCAUAUCUGGACUAAGUGAUUUUGACAACAGAUCCCAUUUCCAUUACAUUUAUCCUUUGACACCGUGGCCUGAUGCCUGCUGCAGUCGUGAUGAUCCUGUUUUGUCCGGGAUAAUUCUUGACAGGGAGCAGUGCAUGCAGAAUAAGCCAGGCUUCAUCAAUAAUCAGGGUUGCUUCAUCACGAUUAGCCGAAGUUUAAAGAAAUACAUUUCCGUAGCAGUAUAUGUUGUUUUAGGAGUUCUUGGAAUUGAGGGUUCCUAUGACCAGGUCAUUCGCCUAACAAAUGAGGUGUGUCUGGAGUUGAGAUGGUGGUUGUACCACAUGGAGGCAUGGAAUGGUCAGGCCAUUUUUGGGCACGCCCCAGAUUUCUACCUGGAAUCAGACUCCAGCCUUCUGGGUUGGGGAGCAGCCUGCAAAGACUCAGCCACGGGUGGACUCUGGACAAAAGAGGAGAAAAGUUUCCACAUCAAGAGUUGA